AUGCAUUUGCCACUCGUGCAAUACAUACCGAGACACGAUGCAUUUGCCACUUGGGCGAUACAUACCUCGGCCAAAGCUGUCGGUAAAAUCAUUGCGGCCGAGCACGGUCAGGAGAACGAAACAAUAGUCCCACGAACAGAUAUGUGUCUUGUCAAGACUGCGUCGCUUUCCUGUUCUGAUAUCAGCUCUUCACAGAACCAGUCACCCUUCUCGCUUUCCAAGCCACCCAUCUCGCAAUCAAGCCACCCAAAUAGUGACGGGCACGGUGCUACCAAGGUACCCGCGUUCGUGGCCUGGAACCCUCCGGCAAAAGAUUGCUGUAUUCCCAAACGUUGUCUCGGUGGUCCUGAACGCUUGGAAGGGCCUGAUCCUGCGGAAUACUGUCCUCGGGGCUUCGUAGUCGUCAAUAUUGACACACGAGGUGCGGACGACUCGGACAGAGACAUUAUUAUUAUGGAAAAACAAGAGGAUAAGGAUAGCCACGAUGUGAUCAAAGAACUCGCAAAGAUAGAAUGCUAG